CUUUUUAAAAUCAAAUCAAGCACAGCAAAUCCACAUGUACUUCCGGUAUACAACAUAAACAAUACAAAAUGAUAACUUUUUCUAGAUUUCUUAGCCAUAGAGCAAUGGCAACUGGAAAUGUGUUAUUGUUUAAACAAAUGCCAUUGGUUCCCAUCCAGUCGAGACCAUAUUUUGUUGAUGGAUCUCCGACAAUUGGUAAAAAGCAAGAUCGUGAAAGCCCUGACUUCAAGGAAAACUAUGAAGUCAUGUCAAAUCUGGUUGGAGAACUUAAAGGAAGAAUAUCAACUAUAGUUCAGGGUGGAGGGGAAAAGGCGAGACAACGACAUGUAUCCCGAAACAAGCUUUUGCCAAGAGACAGAAUCAAUAGACUUUUAGAUCCAGAGUCUCCGUUCCUAGAGCUGGGUCAGCUGGCAGGCUAUGAGUUGUACAAGGGGGAGGAGGUGCCAGCUGGGGGUAUCAUCACAGGCAUUGGCAGAGUGGCAGGUGUGGAGUGUAUGAUAGUUGCCAACGACCCGACUGUCAAAGGGGGCUCCUAUUACCCUAUUACUGUGAGGAAGCAUUUACGGGCACAGGAAAUAGCACAGCAGAAUUGCCUCCCUUGCAUUUAUCUUGUGGACUCUGGUGGUGCCAACCUGCCUCGCCAGGCAGAUGUCUUCCCUGACAGAGACCACUUUGGUCGCAUCUUUUUCAAUCAAGCUAACAUGUCUGCCCUUGGAAUACCUCAGGUUGCUGUGGUGCUGGGUUCCUGUACGGCAGGUGGUGCAUACGUUCCCGCCAUGGCUGAUGAAAGUAUCAUUGUGCGCAAACAGGGAACCAUCUUCCUUGGUGGACCACCAUUGGUGAAGGCAGCUACAGGAGAAGAAGUGUCUGCAGAAGACCUGGGUGGGGCUGACCUACAUUGCAGCAAGAGUGGUGUGACAGACUACUACGCUCACGAUGACGGCAUGCCUUGCACCUUGCCAGGAACUGCAUCAGAAACAUCAACUAUAAAAAAGACCCACAGGUACAGUGACCUCCCCUGA